AUGAUCCCCCCCAAGGAGAAAGCCCGCGCCCCCAAGGACAGCAUGACACUCCUGCCCUGCUUCUACUUUGUGGAGCUGCCCAUCGUGGCCUCCUCCGUUGUGACGCUCUAUUUCCUGGAGCUGACGGAUCUCUUCAAGCCGGCCAAGGUGGGCUUCCAGUGCCAUGACCGGGCGCUCUCCAUGCCCUACGUGGAGACCAACGAGGAGCUCAUCCCGCUGCUGAUGCUGCUCAGCCUGGCCUUUGCCGCGCCCGCCGCCUCGAUCAUGGUCGGGGAAGGCAUGGUGUACUGCCUGCAGUCCCGGCUGAAGGGCCGUGCCGGUGCCGAGGGCAGCAUCAACGCCGGUGGCUGCAACUUCAACUCCUUCCUGCGCCGCACCGUCAGGUUUGUGGGUGUCCACGUAUUUGGGCUCUGUGCCACAGCCCUGGUGACAGAUGUCAUCCAGCUGGCUACUGGCUACCAUGCUCCCUUCUUCCUGACUGUCUGCAAGCCCAACUACACACUUUUGGGCACCCCCUGUGAUGCCAACCCCUACAUCACCCAGGACAUCUGCUCAGGCACCGACAAGCAUGCCAUCCUCUCUGCCAGGAAGACCUUCCCAUCCCAGCAUGCGACACUCUCGGCUUUCGCUGCUGUCUAUGUGUCGGUGAGUUCCCAGCACUGCCUGGCACAUGCCAGCUUGGGUCAGCAUGACCGGGCCAUGACUAACAGCCUGUUCCUGCCCCAGAUGUAUUUCAACUCCAUCAUCUCAGACAGCACCAAACUCCUCAAGCCCAUCCUGGUGUUUGCCUUUGCCAUCGCUGCCGGCAUCUGUGGCCUGACCCAGAUCACCCAGUACCGCAGCCACCCCGCCGACGUCUACGUGGGCUUCCUGAUUGGCGCUGGCAUUGCCGCGUACCUGGCUUUCCAUGCUGUUGGCAACUUCCGUGCCCCGACAGAACGGGUCCCGACACAGGCGCCGGCCAAGGACGCGCUGCGGGCGCUGACACAGCGGGGCCACGAUUCUGUCUACCACCAGAACAAGUCGGUGAGCACCGACGAGCUGAACCCACAGGCACGGCUGGAGGAGGUGGCGCGGCCGGUGCCACGGGAGAAGAACUCGUUGGGCAGCCUAAAGCGGGCCAGCGUGGAUGUGGACCUGCUGGCCCCCCGCAGCCCAAUGGGCAAGGAGAACAUGGUGACCUUCAGCAAUACCCUGCCCCGCGUCAACACCCCCUCCAUGGAUGACCCUGCGCGGCGCCACAUGACCAUCCACGUCCCCGUGGACGCCUCCCGCUCUAAGCAGCUCAUCACGGAAUGGAAGCAGAAGUCGCUGGAGGGCCGGAGCAUGACACUGGUGGAGGAGGCAGCGCAGGGCCGGGGUGUGGGGGAGCCCGGCGAGGAGGUGCCUCCCUCCCUGUACCCUACGGUGCAGGCACGCUCGGCUGAGCGGGCGGCCAUGGGGCCCCGUGUGCUCAUCCAGCCCCGGCCAGGCGCCUCGCAGCUGGUGCACAUCCCCGAGGAGAGCCAGGCAGUUGCCGGGGCUGCGGCUGGCAGCGGGGUGGCCGUGCGGGCCAAGUGGGUGAUGGUGGCAGAGAAGGGGGGAGCGCAGCGAGUGGCCAACCCCCCACGCCUGAUGCAGGUCAUCGCCAUGUCCAAGCAGCAGAGCCUUGUCUCUGUCACCCCGAAGCACUCAGAGACGUCCUCGUCCUCCACCAGCUCUGACUCCUCGCAGUACCGCUCGCCCUCUGAGCGGGACAGCUCCAGCAUAAUCACCAUCGAUGCCCAUGCUCCUCACCACCCUGUUGUCCACCUCUCUGCUGGCAAUGGGCCCUGGGAGUGGAAGUCGGGGCCAAAGGGGCCAGACGGGCCAGACAUCUACGAGCUGGGUGAGGUGGGGAAGGAUUUCCACGGCUUCCGCCCAGCCAAGAGCGCUGGUAUCUCCCCUGGCUCCUCUGUCAGUGACAUGGAGCAGGAUGAGCCGCGCUACGGCAGCCUGGCUGCCAUCCCAGGGGCAGCAGGGGGUGGUGGGGAGCGGGUGGAGGUCCCCUCCGAGGGGCUACUGGCCACAGCCAGCCGUGACUCCACGCUGCGGAGGAAGCCGGCCGAGAGGGAUGGGACGGCGGACAGCGAGGUGGACCUGUACUACAAGAAGAUGCAGGCAGGCCGCAGGUUUAAAGACUGA